AUGGAAUGCUCGAGUGUUAUAGGGUUAGGAAAUAUUUUGGAAGAUGAAAAAAAAUGUUUAAUAUUAUUAGCUAGUAAAUCCCCUAGGAGAAUAGAAUUAAUGCGAUUAGCAGGAAUAAAAAAUAUGUAUAUUUGUGAAUCCGGAUUUGAAGAAAAUUUAGAUAAAAAAUCAUUUCCCACUGCUGAAGAUUAUGUUAAAGAAAAUGCCUUGAGAAAGGGAUUAAAUGUAGCAGAACAUAUUUGGUUUAAUAAUAAUAAAACGGAUGAUAAGGAUAAAAAUGAAAAAAAUUAUAAACAAAAUGAUAAUAAGUUUGUUGAAAAUGAUAUAAAAAAAAACAAUAAUACAGAUCAGACUUAUAAUUAUCAAAUAAAAUCUAUUAAUAGUGAUUAUAAUCCAUUACCUAAUAUAAUUAUUUCUUGUGAUACUAUUGUUACAUUAAAUAAUGAAAUAAUAGAAAAGCCUUUAGAUAAAAAUGAUGCUUAUAAAAUAUUAACAAAAUUAUCAAAUAAUACUCAUUGUGUAUAUACAGCCGUGUGCAUAUUUUUGUAUAAAACUAAGACACCUAUUACAUUUGUUGAAAAAACCAAUGUAUAUUUUGAUAAUUUACAUGAACAUGAUAUUUCAGAAUAUCUAAAAACAAAAGAGCCAUAUGAUAAAGCUGGUGCUUAUUCAAUUCAAGGACUAGGAAGUCAAUUUAUUAAAAAAAUUGAUGGAUGUUAUUAUAAUGUUAUGGGGUUACCUGUACACAAAUUAUCCAAAACAUUGGCAAAAUUAUUUAUUGAAAAUAAAAUUUUAUAUUAA